AUGAAUCCCACGCCAGUUCUUCGAACAAUAUUUCAAAUAGCAAAAACAAUUAAAGAAAUAUCUGAUCAAGUUAAAGCUAAUAAACAACAAUGUAAACGUUUAUCAUUCCGUAUUGAUUUAGUUGUAUCAAUGUUAAAAGUAUAUGAAAAUAGCAAAAUCAAUCAACAAGAUUUAAUAGCACCACUUGAACAAUUUAAAAUAUGCUUAGAACAAUGUUUAAAUUUUAUUCAAAAAUUUAAUGAUUCACGAUGGUAUGAAAGAAUAUAUAUGAAUAAAAUAUAUGAACAAGAAUUUGAAACAUUUAAUGAACAAUUAUCACAAAAGACAACUGAUCUAAAUUUACCGAUUGAUAUUAAACAGAUAUUUAAACAGGACGAUGACAAAAAUGAUCGAAGAUUAGAUUUGGAACAGAUUUGCUCUAAAUUAGAUGAAAUAGUACGUUUACUUUUAGAACAACAAGAAAAACACUAUUGCGAAAUAAAAAAUGAUCUUAGCGAACGUUUUCGCUCAAUGCAGGAACAAUUUCGACAUGGUCUGGGAAAAAUUGAAAAUAAUCAUAGAACAGAAAUAGAAAAAGCCGAACCAAAAUAUUUACGAAUAUAUUCACAUGAUUUAGUAAGACGUAGAAAAAUUGGUUCAGGUAGUUUUAGUGAUGUUUAUUCUGGUUAUUGGAGAAGUCGUGAAAUGGAAGUAGCAAUUAAAUGUAUUCGUUUAGAUAAUAAUCAAAUUGGUGAUGAAAACAUACGACGAGAUUUUAUCAAUGAAGUAAGGCAGAUGUCUUAUAUCCCUCCUAAUCGCAAUGUUUUAGGCUUUUGGGGUGCAUCAAUUACAUCAACUGAUUAUGAAUUAGUAGUUGAAUUAAUGCCAUUGGGUUCCCUAUACGAACUAUUACAUAAAAGAAAAGUAGAAAUAACAUGGAUUGAUCGAUGGGAUAUGGCUUCUCAAAUAGUUGAAGGUGUUCAUCAUUUACAUAAACUAGAACCUCCAAUUAUUCAUUGUGAUAUUAAAUCAAUGAAUCUUUUGUUAAAGCUAGAACAUAGUAAGAGUUAUGUAGUUAAAGUAGCUGAUUUUGGUUUAGCUAAAGUAAAACAAGAAACAUGUAGAACAGCAAGUAAAGGUGAAGUCGCUGGUACUUUACAAUAUAAAGCACCUGAAUUAUUGAAGUUUGGAGGAAAUACAAUGAAAUCGGAUGUUUAUGCAAUAGCUAUUGUUAUGUGGGAAUUAGUGAGCGGUAAGAUACCAUAUGCUGAUUCAGAUCAACCAACCAUCAGAUUAGGCGUCUUGGAUGGAGACAGGUUACAUAUUCCAAGUGAAACUAUUCCAAGUUUUAGGGAUAUAAUUUCUCAUUCAUGGUCACAACAGCCAUAUGAUCGACCAACAUGUGAAAAAUUAAUACAAAUGAUAAAAGAUGCUAGAAAUAUAAAAAUAUCGUCAGAAGAUCUAUUUUUACAGGUAUUACAGAGAAAAACGUCAAAUGUUCAAACACUUAAACGUCAACAAAACUCAUUAGUUAAUACAACACAAGAGUUAUCUUCAACAACAACAAAAGGUACAUCCUAUAUGCCGUCAUGGUUACAAACACCAAAAUGUUCUCAACGUUUUUGGCCUAACAGUUUGGAUAACAAUACCAAACAAGUAUCUAAAACAGAGAAAAAAGAUCCAAAUUCAUUAGUUGCUUUAUUUAAUGAUGAUAAUCAUGAAUCAAAAAAGUAA